GCAGUUUAUGUAUACGGUAACACUAAGAAUUUUGGCCAAAAAAUGCGCAUGAAAACAAGUAAAUCUUUUUGAGAACUUUAAAAACAAACGAAACAAUAUAACAAAAAUGUCUGUGCUGCGAUUCCUGGUGACCCGCCAGGCGUUGGCUGCCUUAUCAAGGCCAAGGACUUUCAACAUAGUCCCUAAUCCAGCGCAAAUCGCCUUGGCCUCCACUUUGUACAACCAUAAUACCAAUAAAAUUGCUCAGGAUCUGACCAAAUCGAGUGCCAAUUUAAAUUUGAUGCAAACUAGGGGGCAUAAGCGGUUUGGCCAUCAAGAGGAAAAGACUCCCAAUGUCACAAAAUACUUCCACAUGUUUAUACUGAGUUUGUUCCUCAUUUCGGUAAUGGACUGGGGCAAAGUAAAGCGUAUGCUUUUGCCAAAAGUAGACGCCGAUGCUGGACAACGUCCCUCUUCAGCGGCCGGCGUUAAUGGCGGGGAUAAAUCAUCGGAAUCCGAAUCGGAGGAUAGCGAGGAGGAGGAUGGAGGCUCUAAUCUGCACCUCCACGAGGGCAAGAAGAUCCGGGAGAAAGUUGGUUUCCGCGAGAGGAAGAUAAUUGAGUACGAGAACCGUAUCCGGCAGUUCUCCACGCCGGACAAAGUGUUCCGCUACUUUGCCACCAUCCAGGUGCCCGUGGCCGAUGAUCGUCACGAAGUCUACAUGACUCCGACAGAUUUUUUAACCAGUAUGACGCCUGGUAUGAAGCAACCAGAUGGCUUGGGUCUGGACCAGUAUCGUCGCUAUGAUCCUAAGUCUGUUGGCGAGCAGCUUAACCUCCACCUGGAGAAGAACAGCAUUUUUUACAAGCUUGGCUCCUUUGGACUGAUCACAUUUUCCGAUUACAUUUUCCUGCUCACAGUGCUCUCAAUAUCCCGCCGGCACUUUGAGAUUGCCUUCCGCAUGUUUGAUUUGAAUGGAGACGGUGAUGUGGACUGCGAGGAAUUCGAAAUGGUGGCCACUUUGGUGAGACAGCAAACCAGCAUGGGAACCCGGCAUCGUGAUCAUGCCAAUACAGGAAACACCUUCAAGGGAGUGAAUUCGGCUUUAAUUACAUAUUUCUUUGGGCCUAAUAUGGAUGAAAAGCUGACCAUUGAAAAGUUUCUGGACUUCCAAGAGCAACUGCAAAAGGAGAUUUUGUCCCUCGAAUUUGAAAGGAAGGAACCCAAUGAUGAGGGAAAUAUAACAGAAGCUGAUUUCGCCGAACUCCUUCUGGCCUACGCAGGCUAUCCUUUGAAGAAGAAGCAAAAGAAACUGAAGAGGGUAAAGAGAAGGUUUAGGGAUCACGGCAAAGGUAUCUCCAAACAGGACUAUCUGGACUUCUUUCACUUUCUGAACAACAUUAACGACGUGGAUACUGCCCUGACUUUCUAUCACAUUGCCGGUGCCUCGAUUGAUCAGCAAACACUGCAGCACGUGGCCAAAACGGUAGCCAUGGUCAACCUUUCAGAUCAUGUGGUGGAUGUGGUCUUUACCAUCUUUGACGAGAACAAUGACAACCAGCUCAGCAACAAGGAGUUUAUCUCGGUGAUGAAGAAUCGCGUGCAGCGUGGACUGGAGAAGCCCAAAGACACUGGCUUUCUGAAGAUGAUGCGAUCUGUGUUCAAGUGCGCCAAAGAAACCAAGCCCGUGCUGUUGGACAUCUAAGGAACGUUACUCUGUGGAUUCUCCCGCUCCAAGCGCCCCAAUCUUAGUCAUUUUUUCCUACGCUUACGCUUCUACUAUUUAUUUUCUGUAGUUAACGUUUACAUAAAUCGAUUUUAACUCAAUCUCUUUAAAUGUUUGACACCCAAGCAGGUUUUUCGAAAACAAUAACUUGCUUUUGUAUAUUUCACCGACUUUUGUGCACUUAAUACGUUUAUUUUUUAAUAAAAACAUAUAUCAUAAUAUUUAUAAAUAAAUAAAAUUGAUAUGGCCCUGUUUAUUAGGA